UUUGAAUGGAAUUCAUGAAUACCGGCACAUUAUAGGAUUGUGCUAUACCCUUACCUACAGUGAAAAACAUAUGUAUGCUAUGAGUGGGUGAGACGGUUUGAUAUGUAGCAUAUACAUUCAGAAAACAUUGUUUAAAGAGGAAGUUAUGAUGUUUCACAAGUCUCCAUCCAAGGGAUUAGGAAGUUCUAAAAGGUCUAAAGCACAACACUUGGAGAAAGAGAUACUAAAACACUCACUUCAUGGUAUAUGGACAAACGAAGAGAGGACUGAAUGUAGUGGUGACAAAAAUGUAGUUUUCGAAAACUUCUUAAAGACGCCAACAGACUCGUGUUUCAAAGCCGAAGAAAUUCCAGAGGAACCUGACAAAGUUGAAGAGGUACCUAAAAAGAUUCUGAAUGUCAAAGACAUUGAUAAAAUAGAUUAUUUUGACAGUGAGGAUGAAUAUUGGGAAACUCAUGUCUCGAGUAUGGAGGAAGAUUCUUAUUUAGAUAUGCAUGAAGAGGAAUACCAUUCUUCUUUGGCAGUUGGAGGAAAACAUGGCAGAUACAGUCAAGGAGUAGAACAAUACACGAAAAUGCCAAUCUUUCAGAAGUCUUUACAAAAAUUUGCAGCAGACAACGAUUUUGAGGUUCGUGACGUCAUUCGAGAUGGGAACUGUAUGUUUCGAGCUAUUGCUGAUCAGUUGCUUAUCAACGGAUGUCUGGGACAUACGAGAGAAUCACUGAGACAAACGGCAGUAGACUAUCUACGGCAGCAUCCUAUCCAUAAAGGCAGAAAAGACCACCCCUCUUCAUUCUUAUCAGAUGAAACAUGGGAGGAAUAUCUGAGAAGAAUGGCCAGGCCUGGUGAAUGGAGCGACCACAUCAUUCUGCAGGCCCUAGCGGACGUGCUGUGUCUUGAAGUGAUCAUCUUUAACGUCUUCUAUGACGACAUACGCCGGACCGAAGUCAUAGGAAAACUGACCAAACAGAGUGACAGACCUUUGAUAAUCUUUCUUGGACAUCUAGGAGAAUUCCACUAUCUAAGCUUGCGAUCAAAACGAUGGCUGAGACACUGGCCUUAUAAAGCGUUGAUACUAAGGAUUCUAACAUGUCCAAAGGACUUGGACUUCAAGACAAGGAAGCAUCUAAUCAAACAAAAAGUUAAAAGUAUAGUGGACGAAAGAUUCAUUCCCAGAACCACGUUGAACGAUAUCGCUGAGUUUGCCAUGCACAGAGUUCGUGAAAGCACAAGUCCCGGGGAAUUGAUAGCAGACGAAGUCGAUCUGCUGCAAGAAAAUGGAGAAUCUUUCCAAUGUUUUGUUGAGGACACAAUGAAUAUUGACCCGCUCACAGGGAUUCCAUUAGCUCAUUUAUCGUUUAUAAUGAAAAAUCUGAUACCUAAAACUUUGAUGAAAUACACACAUCCUGACGGCCGACUCUUAUACACAGAUGACAUUCUGUUCCAUUUGAAAGGUCCUCGAUGUGAUGCGUGCAACCUAACGUUAAAAGACAUAAGCCGUGCUCAGAAAAUGCAAAGUUACUACAAUCAGCAAAACAGAAAGGGGCAAAAAGUUGUUGUUCUCAGAAAAGAUAAACUUGUGAGAUUUGCAGUAUUACCAGAUGACGAACAAUUGCCAACACACGUAUACACAGACUCCUCUGAUACACACCCUGGUUAUUGCAGGCUCAAAUUACCGACAGGUCAAACAGCAUACAAAGACGACAACGUGUUGCGAUUGGACUCCAAUGUUUAUCUGAAAGCAUACGACAUUCCAGGAAGUCUAAUGUCUGCUUCAUUCCAUAGAUCGGAAGUACAGUACAUUGGUAUUCUUUGUCCAUUUCCCCCUACAGCGUCUCGGUGGAAGAGAAGAAAAAGAAACUUCGACUUUCCAUCGCCCAGCCUAAUAGACCGCGUAGUGAAGAGAGGCUGUACGCUAAUCCCCAAAUCACAUCCCAAAAGCGAGAAUCCUUCGAUUGAAUGGAAAUACAAUUUUUCCAUGGCAGAGUUCAUUAUCAUUGAAAACUUAACACUGGCACAAAAAUAUGGAUAUUUUGUGGUGAAGGUGUUGGUUGAAAACGUGACAUUUCAUCUUUACAAGGUAGUUAAAGCAAAGCAUUUAAAGGCAGUGUUUUUCAAUGCAUGUGAAAACAUACCUUCCAGUGCAUGGGAAACUUGUUUCAGUGGUUGUGUACUGAAUGUCCUCAGUGCAUUGCUAUCGUGUUUUAAAGCGAGGUUUCUUCCUCAUUACUUCAUCCCAACCAACAACCUUAUCGACUGCUUCUCAGAUGAUGACAUAAAUGCUCUCUGUGUGUGCAUCGAGUCAAUUCGUUUAUUUCCCGCAAAAAUUAUGCAAUUUGUCGCCGAAAAACAUGGACUUUUGUAUGCAGCAAACUUGGUGAAGUUUGUUCUUUCUGAUAUACGAACAUUCAUACAAAAGAAAGAUUUAAGAGCAACGCUGGAAAAUUCGUUGAUUCCCAUGGCCAUACGCACGGGAAAAUUUCUAUCAAGAAUGGGACUUUACGACACAGUUUGUCGGAUUCUUGUGGAUGUAUAUGAACAACUACUUUUGUUAUCAGAUGUCAGUGCUAUUCCAAUUUUCCAAGAUUUUAUAGAUUAUGUAAUCAACAAUAUGGACCAACGUUCAUCUCGAAUCAUUCUAGCAAGACGGUUUGACAGAGAAUUUAGCACCAAUCUGGAGGCAAAAUAUCUGCAAGGAGGUUUGCAUCUGGAAAACAUCGUUCCAUGGGAAGUGGAUAGUGCAAUAGGUUGGUUAGAUGUGCCAGAGGAAAACAGCGCAGAUUUUACUUCGAUUGCAAAGUUUCUGUACGGGUUCAGUCUAGUAGAAUAUGGCAAAAGAAAUGUUAAACUGAGUUUAUCCGCAAUCGAAACAGCCAUACGCUGUUCAAGACAAGCAAUUGAACAAAAUUCCAUGAAAGUGAAUACAGUUGAAACCCAAACUCUGAAAAUAAAAAUCAAUGAAGAGAUUCGUGAACUAAAGGAGAAACUAAAUGAAUAUUACAUACACAUGUUCCAUGCAUCGAAUUUGCACUUGGUCACAAAUCCCUUGAUCUAUCAUAUGACAGACAUAGAAAAACAAUGCGAGGAAUUUCCAAACAUGUACUGGAUUGUCAGCAGAAUGUUUCAUUACGUGGGAAUGCAUGAAAAAGAAAAUGAAUGUGUCUCCAAAUUUCGGUCAUAUGUAUCUGAAACAACAGGUCUGCGGUUCGUGAUGCUUACUUGAAUAUAAAGUACAAUAUACACAUCAUCUACAGCACUGCAAUUUGGCAAUUCCGAGAAAGUCGAUUUAGUGUCAAUCACAAGUGUUUCCAUGUUAAUUGCCUUUUCUUGGGAACAUUUGGCGAUUUUAAUAUUCAGCACGCAGCGGUUCUGACUGUCGCAGAAAAUCGUAUUUUAAAUUAAUACAGUGACAAAGGAUUUGCGUGUUAUAUUGUCUCUGUGACUAAUUGCAUCAAGGUAGAAAAUAGCAUUUUAAAAAUAAAAUGAGGUGUGAAAAACACUAGAAACUAUU